AUGACCGACCAAAAUAUCAUUCUUUCGAGUACCGAAAAGCAGGAGAAAAACAUCGACGAAGUAACGCCUAGAUCUACUCCAGAUGUUGAAUCACAAACCAUACCCGAUGAUGGAUUCUUCGCUCACGUCUCCACCCGCCUCACCACGCACCUUCAAGAGCCCGUUUGCUCGACCUCUCAUUUCCUCGAAGCCGAACUCCUCCUCCUCUCCUUUGCAACCGGCAUCCUCGACGGCGUAUCCUUCCCCGAAUUCUCCUGCUUCACCUCACGCCAAAAUGGGAAUACCGUUCUCUUCGCCAUCGCCGCUUUGAAAAUCCCAACACAUGGGUCCGAAGCCCUGAUUGAUGCCUCUCAUGCUGCAAUCGCGUUAUCUAUGUUUUCCGCUGCAGUAUUUUUGCAAGGGCAGGCGGCGAAUUGGUUGGGGUGUGGUGUUGGUGGUUGGAGCGGCGGUGAUCGCUUUCUUCAACACUCACGCGGAUACAAGACUUACACAGUCGACUCUGGCGUUGCUGGCGUUAUGUUCAGGCAUGCAAGUCGGUCUUGUCCGUGGACUGGAAGUCAAAGAUAUCACUACGGCGAUGGUGACGGCUAG